GACCAAUGGUACUUACCCUAUGGUAAUCAUUAGAGGGGUACUUGCCCUAUGUUAGUCAUUAGAGGGGUACUUAGAUCAGUUAUAUUUUGGGUGGUUGAUUGAACUGUAAACUCGUUUUUUUAGUGAGUAUUAGCAGAAAUGGCUGCUAUUCAGCCAGAGGAGACCGGCACUGAGUAUGUCAGCUGUCAACGAAAUGGAUGGACAAUUCCUCCAGAUCUGUAUCAACUCAUUGCCUGGGCUGGCGAAAUCUUUUUCAUACUGAUAAACUAUGGAAUGAUUAUUCCUUCGCUUCCUGAGGAAUUGCAAGCCGUAUGUUACGUUGUGAACGGCUUGGCGACUGUGGCGCACAUCCUGUGUGUAUUAAUUACGACCACCAUCAACACAGCGCACGAGGCCGUGUUACAGAAACCAGUGCAACGGACAUUGGCCGUCUUUGACAGGGAGAAAUAUGAUCACGUCAUCGAGGAUCAGUACUGUCACCUCUGUGAAAUCAAUGUCGAUGAGAAAACCAAACAUUGCAGAGCCUGCAACAAAUGCAUCGCACACUUUGACCACCACUGUGAAUGGCUCAACAACUGCAUUGGCAGAAGAAAUUACCGAUGGUUCAUAAUGACACUCAUCACUGGUGUGAUUUCAUUUUCACUCAUCCUAUGCACAUCGCUAGCCCAGUUCAUCGCGUACUUCACUGAUAGGAUGAGUGGAAGAAUUCUCCAACCAUACCAAGGGAAUGGAUCCAACAAUGCCGUCUUUUUUAUUUUUUGUCAACCAAUACCAAACUGGCUCUGGAUGACAUUGCAGUCUAUGAUCAUCUUUUUGGGAAUCACAUCUGUCUGUUUAAUGACUGCUCUCCUUGGCUUACAUUGCUACACAGGUUAUAAAAAGAUAAGCACAUUUCGGCUUAUUAUUCAAAAUCGAAAAACCAAAGAAGAAGGAUCCCAACAAGAGAGAUGCCUUCUUUCAAGAAAAACCUGGGCCAACAUUUUCAAAGUGAAUCGUGUCGAUCCUUUAAAAGAAAUCAUUCCAGAUGUUGAAAAUGGAUUAUUUUCAAGUAUCAACGACGGAGAAUCUCAUGGACUUCAAGGUUCAACAUCCAGCCACCAGGCGUCUUCACAGUCUGUUGCGAUCCAUUCAGCAGAGGCGAACACCAAUAUAGGACCACAGCAUCUGGAACCCAUUGCUUAAGCCAAUCCUUGACUGACUUGACAAGCCGAUCAGAAGACCCGAAAGAAAGAAAAUCCUACCAACAAGUUUAUUCACAUAAAGACCACCAACGGUGCUACAUAUGUGACAGUGAAUGCAGGGUUUAUCACCCAUAGUGUACAGUAUCUCUCAUGAUAAGGGAUGUUACUCCAUCCUCCUCCUACUGGUAAUAAAUGAUUAGCAGUACGAAAUUUAAGUAAUGGAAGUGACAAAUUGUUUGGCAAAUAUAUAUAAGUUUCUUGACUAAAUUCUGGUUUAAUACAGUUAUACAUUUUACCCUUUGAAGUAUUCAAAUUAUUACUAUUCCAUGUUUGCCGAAACUGAUCCUUAAGUCUUGUUUCUAUUGUGGAUAACAACCAUCCCUUACUUGAAAAACACUGUGUUGCCAUACAAAACUUAACCCACAGUUAUCUAAAAUACUCUUAACAUUAUCUAACCAUAAAGAUUUGUAUGUGCCAUUAUAAUAUUUAUACAACAAAUUAUUAUAUAAUAUAGAUAUUAAUUUAUUGUUCUUGUCCAAAAUAAUUUUAUACCAAUAUGAUAUUAUCCUUUUGUUAAUUUGUAAAGGUAUGGGCAUUUUACCAGUUUCUCCACAGAGCAUAUAAUUAGGAGUACUUUUCUUCAAGUGUAAACAAAUUUUAAUGAAAUUACUUUGCAGACGCUCUAAUAUAUCAAUAUUACUGUAUCCCCAAGUUUGAGAACCAUAUGUUAUUAUUGGUAUAAUCGUAUGAUUAUAUGCCUUAAAAAGACAGUCUAGUGGUUAAUUAAUAUUUCUUCAUUUUCUUAAUAAACAAAAAGUGCUUUUGAAGCCUGUUCACUUAAAUAUUUUAUGGUUUGGUUAUACUUUCUAUUUUUAUUCAAUUUAAUUCCAAGAUAUAUAUAACUAUCAACUAUAUCAAUAAUAUCAUUGUUAAUAACAACUUUAAAUUUAAAUUUAUUUUUUUGUAUAUCCAGACCCAAAUACUAAUAUGUUCUGUUUUCUUAUAAUUAAUUUAUAAUUUCCAAUCAAUUCAAUAUGUACUGUAAGUCAGUAGCAUUAUCAGAAAAAAGAACUGUAUCAUCUGCAUACAGUAAUAACAUUAAUUUUAGAUUAUUGUGAAUCAUUAUAUCAGAUUGAAUAUUUGCUAAUGUAAUUCUUUGACAGUUAUUAUAAUGUAACCAUGUUUCUAAAUCAUUCAAAAACAGGUUAACUAUACAUCACAGUGUAAUCAAUUUACACUGUGGUGUUUUUUUAUUGGACGUAUGGCAUUGGUGACCUGGUCAUUAUCUAGGAACAGCCAGUCAUAGGUCUUGAAAUUGUUAACAUGUACGUGUGUAAGCAACUACGGUAUGUGUUAUCAAAAAUAACACAUGGUGUUCUCACCAACGGGUGUGUAAGGAAAAGGUAUAAAAUCCUGUGUUAAUAUCAAUUAUCAAAACUCCCUGGGUUUUUUAACUGUGAAAUUGGUGUUAGACAAGGAGAAAAUUUAUCAUCGAUACUUUUUCUCUGUAUUUAAAUGACUUGGAACAAUAUUUGUCACAGACUCAUGAUUGCCAGGUUAACUAUACAUCACAGUGUCAUCAGUUUCCACUGUGCUGUUUUUUAUUGGACGUAUGGCAUUGGCGGCCUGGUCAUCACCUAGGAACAGCCAAUCGUAUGUCUUGAAAUUGUUAAAACAUGUACGUGUGUAAACAACUAUGUGUUAUCAAAAAUAACACAUAGUGUUCUCACCAACACAUGUGUAUCAAAAAGGUAUAAAGUCCUGUGUUAAUAUCAGUUAUCAAAACUACCAUCACAGUGUCAUCAAUUUCCAUUGUGCUGUUUUUUAUUGGACGUAUGGCAUUGUUACCUGGUCAUUAUCUAGGAACAGCCGGUCAUAGGUCUUGAAAUUGUUAACAUGUACAUGCCAAAGCAACUAUGUGUUAUCAAAAAUAACACAUGGUGUUCUCACCAACGGGUGUGUAAGGAAAAGGUAUAAAAUCCUGUGUUAAUAUUAAUUAUCAAAACUCCCUGGGUUAUUUAACUGUGAAAUUGGUGUUAGACAAGGAGAAAAUUUAUCACCGAUACUUUUUCUCUGUAUUUAAACGACUUGGAACAAUAUUUGUCACAGACACAUGAUUGUCAGGUUAACUAUACAUCACAGUGUCAUCAAUUUCCACUGUGCUGUUUUUUAUUGGACGUAUCGCAUUUGUGACCUGGUCAUCACCUAGGAGCAGCCAGUCAUAAAUCUUGAAAUUGUUAACACGUAGGUGUAUAAGCAACUAUGUGUUAUCAAAAAUAACACAUGGUGUUCUCACCAACGGGUGUGUAAGAAAAAGGUAUAAAGUCCUGUGUUAAUAUCAAUUAUCAAAACUCCACGUUUUUUUAACUGUGAAAUUGGUGUUAGACAAGGAGAAAAUUUAUCAUCGAUACUUUUUCUCUAUAUUUAAAUGACUUGGAACAAUAUUUGUCACAGACUCAUGAUUGCCAGGUUAACUAUACAUCACAGUGUAAUCAAUUUCCACUGUGCUGUUUUUUAUUGGACGUAUCGGAUUGGUGACCUGGUCAUCACCUAGGAGCAGCCAGUCAUAAGUCUUGAAAAUUGUUAACACGUACGUGUGUAAGCAACUAUGUUUUAUCAAAAAUACGGGUGUGUAAGAAAAAGGUAUAAAGUCCUGUGUUAAUAUCAAUUAUCAGAACUACAAUUUUUUUAACUAUGAAAUUGUUUUAGACAAGGAGAAAAUAUAUCACCGAUAUUUUUUCUCUGUAUUUACUUGGAACAAUAUUUGUUUAGUAUAUGUAAAGUAUUGUAAACUAUGGAAAUUGAAACUGAAUGUUGAUAAAACAAAAAUUCAAGUGUUUGGAUCUAAAAUAAGUAAUGUAAACUUUAAAAUAAUUAAUAAUAAUGAGGAGAUAGUUAAUCAGUAUAAAUAUUUAGGUAUUGUAUUUAAACAAAAAAAAACUGGAAAUUUUCUUACUGCUAAAACAGCCAUAAUUAAUCAGGCAAAAAAAUAGAUAUGAUAGAAAAGGUCCAAACGGAUUUUCUGAAAUAUAUAUUGAAUUCUAAAAGUACACCCCAUAAUAUCUUAUAUCGAGACCUUUUUUUUUUUUUUUUAUUAUUUAUUGUCUCAGAGCACAUCUCUAAUGUCAGGGUUGGGGCCCUGAAUUCAUUACGUACAGAAACAUAGUGGUACACAGUGAACACACACACAUGCACACACACACAUACAGAGAUGUACUAUUUUAACAAACACACAGGCACCUUUAGUUUAAAGUGCAUGGGGAAAUAAACCAAGUAAAACUAGUUGAUAAAAAGAGAAGGGUAAAACAGGUAGAAACUAGAAAGACGAGGAAGAAGUAGAAAAAAAAAAUAACAGAGAAAAGCUUUCCAUACUAGAACCAUCAGUUAUUUAUUUUAAAAAAGGCUAGCCAAGGUCCCCAGGUUUCAUCACAUUCUUUAAAAAGACUGUUUUUAUAGAAAAAGUAUUUUUCAAUAUGCAAUUUGUCAUUUAGUAUAUUUUCAAGGGCUCCAAUACUUUAUUUGGCAUUUUCAUUCUAUAUAUAUAGUAUUUUACAUUAAUAAUUAGCCAGUUGAAAAAAAUAUCUUUGUCAUCUGCAAUUCCAAACAAAACUGUAUUUUUGUCAAAUAUAAUAUGUGUACCUUUCGCCUGUGUCCACAGUUCAACAGUUUUCCAAACUUCAUUAACGUGCACAUUUCGUAAAAUAGGUGUUCCAAUGUUUCUGGUUGAACAUUACACAAAUUGCAAAUAUCUGUGUCUAUAUAUUUAAUUUUAUAUAAAAAAGAAUUUAUUGUUAAUAUUCUAUGUACAAUUUUAUACUGAAACCACAAUAAGGAAGGGUCUUUAAAAACUCUUAACAGUAAACUAUAAUAGUGUUUCCACUUCUGUGAACAAAAAACAUAACCUAAUUCAGAGUAUUUAGUUUGUGAAGUAGGAACUGCAAUGGUCUUGUUCAACAGUUUAUAUAUUGCUUUAGUUCCAUUUUUUAUCUUUCAAAAAUAUUCUUAAAUUAAAAGGGAAAAUUGGAUUAUUCAUGGGUACAAAUAGUUGGUUAUCAAUUUUUAUAUUGUCUAUUCUAUAAAUGUUUUAAUAGGUUUUAUUAAAGUUGAAUAUUCUAAGGAAUUUGAUUUAAUGGUAUACUUUAGUGUAUAUGUGUCGAAGUUCAUAAACUGUCCAUUCUCAUUAAGUAAAUCUUGUAUAAUAUUUUUUCCAACAUAAUGUUAGUACAAUAUAGGUUUGUGAUUUUUAAUUAUAUAACUAUUUAACCAAAUAUUUGUACUCAUUAUUUCAUUGUUAUUUUCCCAAGUUUUUUUUUGUUGAAUCCUUAUCCAGCUCUGUGAUACAUUUUUCC